UGCAAUCAUGUCUUCUCUUCUUCCCUUUCUCCUACUCUUUCUUACAAUGCAUACCUGCAAAGCGCGAUAUCUUGGUGUCAUCGUUAACGAAUCCCAUAAACAAGUUCAGUUUUCUGUCAAGGAAGUGGAGAAAGAGAGAUUAGUGAAAACUUCAAUUGCAUCACAAGUGAUGAUUCCUAACUCAUCAGCUGAACUUCAAACAGUACAAAUAGAGGCUGGAAAUGGAGAGAGCAUCAUCAGUGAGGGAAAGGGUUAUCCAUCCACUCAAAACCCUAAGGAUUCACGAGUUCGUCAUAAGAAGGUGAAGAAGAAGAGGAAAGGAAAGGUUACAGCCGUUUCUCAAGUCGAGUCUCUGGUUUCGGUAUCAUGGCAUAUAGAUCAUAACAAGCAGAAGGGCAAUCCUGGAUUUAACUCAGACUAUGCUCCUCCCAAGACACACCCUCCUUCACACAACUGAACUGCUCUUUGCUUAUUUAUUUUUGUUAUCCAACCCCUCUCCUUUUCCAGUGAUGUUAUCAAAAGAAACUGUAGAAGGAAAGUACAAGCUGAGCUUUAGAAUCUUAGGUUCAUAUAUUUUACUAUUGUAGACAUAAUUAUAAUAGCAUUCAAUAGAAUCACAGUACUACAAC